GAAAAAAUCAGUCGCCGUAGCAGCGCCGCCUCCGCCGCCGUGGGGAGGUAGCAUCUAGGCCCAUUCCGCCGCCUCCAUCUCCGGCCAGCAAUGGCUUCGGCGGUGGAGCGGCGGAGGGAGGAGCACGCGCGGAGAUCGCGUUCCCCAGCACGGGGCAGGGAGCGGAGGGGAACGCCGCCACGCAGGCGGAGUUCCCCAGAGCGGAGGAAGGGUUCGCCUGCUAGGGCACGGUCUCCUGCUGCGAAGUCAAGUGCGUCGCAUAGGGACAGGGAGAGGUCGCCUCCGAGGGAGAAGGUGAAGGAGCGUGUCAGGUCGCCAGAGUCUCCUGCUAAGGUCAGCCUGUUGCACAAGGGGAGAGAGAGGUCGUCUCCCAGGGAGAAGGCGAAGGACCAGCGGGUCAGGUCGCCGAAACGUAAGCAGGAGCAGUCACGAUCACCCUCACCUGCUAGGCGACACUUCUCUAGGUCGCCCUCGCCGCGCUCCAAGAGGACGAGGGGAGCGCAGGGUGAGCGGGAGGCGGUGCAGUUUACUGGCAGUGAUCGCCGGAAGGCAAGUCACAGGGAGGAGCAGGAUACACUGAGGCACAGGGAGCAUGAUGAGGGGAGGGAUGCUUCAAGAGACAGGAAAGUGGAUCGGGAGGCAGUGCAUGUAACAAAUGGUGAUCGCCGCAAGCCCUCUCAUGGGGAAGAGAGGGACUCAUGGGGCAAGCACAGGGAACAUGAUGAAGGGAGGGUUGCAUCGAUAGAUAGGAAGUCGGAUCGAGAGGAUACCAGAGGUACUGCAAAAGAUAAGAAAUAUGUUCGUGAUGAUGAGAAGGAUCAUUCUAGGGAGAGGGGGGCUGGGAGGGAUGAUAAGUAUGGUGCUUCAAAGGUGGCAUUGCCGGUCUGGGAUGAUGAUAGACAUGGAAGGCCUAAUCGGGGUGACUGGAAAUCUGCUUCUUCAAGGGAGCAAAGGCUGGACUCUGGUGACAGAAGGGAUUCAACAAGAGUGAAACCAACAGAUCAUGAUGGGAGCAAUGGGGGAUCGGGAAGGUCUUUCAGGCAUGGUCGUUCAAUGUCUCCAGAAGAGCACAGGCAUCGGGGCAGGCAUGAAUCUCAUCCAUCAUCGAGAGUGUCCAGAAGUGCAGCACAUAUCGAGGAUAUUAACUCGAGAGGAGGUGAAGCAUCCCGGAAUGGAGAUCCUGAUGCUUUGGCAACAAUGAACGCAACUGCAGAAGCUCUUGAAGCAAAAGAAAAGCAAAAGCCAUCGUUUGAAUUGUCUGGAAAGCUUGCUGAGGAGACCAACAGAGUUGCAGGUGUAAAUCUAUUAUAUUCAGAACCCCCAGAGGCUCGAAAGUCAGAGAUUAGAUGGAGGCUCUAUGUAUUUAAAGAUGGUGAACCACUGAAUGAACCACUGUAUGUUCAUCGGAUGACCUGCUACCUUUUUGGAAGAGAAAGGAAAGUUGCAGAUGUCCCCACAGAUCAUCCCUCCUGCAGCAAGCAACAUGCAGUUCUUCAAUACAGACUUGUGGAGAAGGAGCAACUAGAUGGCAUGAUGACAAAGAAAAUAAGGCCUUAUCUGAUGGAUCUUGAUAGUACAAAUGGAACUUUCAUCAAUGGAAAUCGCAUUGAGCCUCGGCGAUAUUAUGAGUUAUUUGAAAAGGACACAAUCAAGUUUGGCAAUAGUAGCCGGGAGUAUGUUUUGCUCCACGAAAAUUCAACAGAAUGAGUUUUGAGAAAAUUCAACAGAAUGAGGAUUGAAACAAUCAGCCUUUUAUGCUGUAGAAGAAAAAUACAGCAAAAACAUGAGGUUUUGCAUGUUUUAAAAUUUUUAGACUGGAGAUUGGCCGGCUUGAACUUCUGGUCUGUGAUUUCUUCACGUGUUCAAGUCUAUAAGGAUAUUUUGUGAACCAACAUGUAGUGCUAUUGUAAUGAAAAGAGCUAGCUGCCUGUAGCAGAUAGCCCUGGGGUAUUGUUUGUAUUCAAGCAUGUUUUGCACCGCUGGCAUUCACAUCAUUCGGUAUCGGAGGCAGCUGUUUAUGGAUC